ACACAAAUGUGCAUCAGCCACAACAGGGUGUGCUUCAGUUGGAGGAGCAAAAGGGCACCUUAAAAACACAAGUUCAUGAAUAUGUUUCUGUACUUUCAGACCAUCAUCAAAGAGGGGAUGCUGACCAAACAGAACAAUUCAUUCCAGCGAUCGAAAAGAAGAUACUUUAAGCUUCGAGGGCGAACGCUGUACUAUGCCAAAACGGCUAAGUCAAUCAUAUUUGAUGAGGUGGAUCUGACAGAUGCCAGUGUGGCCGAAUCCAGCACCAAAAACGUCAACAACAGUUUUACGGUCAUCACCCCCUGUAGGAAGCUCAUCUUGUGUGCUGAUAACAGAAAAGAAAUGGAAGAUUGGAUUGCAGCACUAAAGACUGUCCAGAACAGGGAACAUUUCGAGCCCACCCAGUAUAGCAUGGACCAUUUCUCAGGGAUGCACAACUGGUACGCCUGUUCCCACGCCCGGCCAACCUAUUGCAACGUGUGCCGUGAGGCCCUGUCUGGGGUCACAUCCCACGGGCUGUCCUGCGAAGUAUGCAAAUUCAAAGCCCACAAGCGAUGUGCUGUGCGUGCGACCAAUAACUGCAAGUGGACCACGCUGGCCUCGAUUGGGAAGGACAUCAUCGAGGAUGCAGAUGGGAUUGCCAUGCCCCACCAGUGGCUAGAAGGAAACCUGCCCGUGAGUGCCAAGUGCACGGUGUGUGACAAGACCUGUGGCAGUGUGCUGCGCCUGCAGGACUGGCGCUGCCUCUGGUGCAAGGCCAUGGUUCACACGUCAUGUAAAGAAUCCUUGCUGACCAAGUGCCCACUUGGCCUGUGCAAAGUGUCAGUCAUCCCACCAACGGCCCUCAAUAGCAUCGACUCAGAUGGGUUCUGGAAGGCCAGCUGUCCUCCAUCUUGCACAAGCCCAUUGUUGGUCUUCGUCAAUUCAAAAAGUGGGGACAAUCAGGGUGUGAAGUUCCUCAGAAGGUUCAAACAGCUGCUGAACCCCGCCCAGGUCUUCGACCUCAUGAACGGAGGACCACACCUCGGCUUACGGUUAUUCCAGAAGUUUGACACCUUCCGGAUUCUGGUUUGUGGUGGGGAUGGCAGUGUUGGCUGGGUACUCUCUGAAAUCGACAGCCUCAAUCUUCACAAACAGUGUCAGCUGGGCGUGCUGCCUUUGGGAACGGGGAAUGACCUGGCCCGCGUGCUAGGCUGGGGCUCGGCCUGCGACGAUGACACCCAGCUCCCCCAGAUCUUGGAAAAGCUGGAAAGAGCCAGCACCAAGAUGUUGGACAGGUGGAGCGUCAUGGUGUAUGAGACCAAGCUGCCCCGGCAAGCCUCCUCCUCUACCGUCACCGAAGACUUCAGUGAGGAUUCUGAGGUACAGCAGAUUCUCUUCUAUGAAGACUCGGUUGCAGCCCAUCUUUCUAAAAUCCUGACCUCAGACCAGCACUCAGUGGUGAUCUCAUCGGCCAAAGUGCUCUGUGAGACUGUGAAGGACUUUGUGGCCCGGGUGGGGAAGGCCUACGAGAAGGCGACCGAGAGCUCGGAGGAGUCAGAGGUCAUGGCCAAGAAGUGCUCUGUCCUGAAAGAGAAGCUGGACUCUCUUCUCAAGACCCUGGACGACGAGUCCCAGGCCUCAUCCUCUCUACCCAACCCUCCCCCCACCAUUGCUGAGGAGGCUGAAGACGGAGAUGGGUCAGGCAGCAUCUGCAGCUCUGCUGGGGACCGCCCAGUGGCAUCGGCCUGCCCAGCCCGGCCACAGAUAUUCCGGCCUCGGGAACAACUCAUGUUAAGGGCCAACAGCCUGAAGAAAGCAAUUCGUCAGAUCAUAGAACACACAGAAAAAGCUGUUGAUGAGCAGAAUGCCCAGACCCAGGAGCAGGAGGGCUUCAUUCUGGGUCUGUCUGAGUCGGAGGAGAAGACGGACAAUAGGAUGUGCCCACCACUGUCCCACAGCGAGAGCUGUGUGGUCAACAAGGGGAGGAACCAGCGCAAAGUAUCUAAAUCUCCAUGUGAAAAGCUGAUCAGCAAAGGAGGCUUGUCCCUGGGCAGUUCUGCCUCUCUUCCUCCUCAGUCAGGCAGCCGAGAUGGCCUGCCCGCACUGAACACCAAGAUCCUGUACCCAAGUGUCCGGGCUGGGAUGUCUGGGUCCUUGCCAGGUGGCUCAGUCAUCAGUCGCUUGUUAAUUAAUGCAGAUCCCUUCAACUCCGAACCGGAAAACCUAGAGUGUUAUACGGAGAAAUGUGUUAUGAAUAACUAUUUUGGCAUUGGCCUGGAUGCAAAGAUAUCCCUGGACUUUAACAACAAGCGUGAUGAGCAUCCAGAGAAAUGCAGGAGCCGAACUAAGAACAUGAUGUGGUAUGGAGUCCUUGGCACCAAAGAGUUGCUGCACAGAACUUACAAGAACCUGGAGCAAAAGGUCUUGCUGGAGUGUGACGGGCGACCCAUCCCGCUGCCCAGUCUUCAGGGAAUUGCUGUCCUCAACAUUCCUAGCUAUGCUGGAGGGACCAACUUCUGGGGGGGCACCAAGGAAGAUGAUACUUUCACCGCUCCGUCCUUCGAUGACAAGAUUUUAGAAGUGGUUGCCGUGUUUGGUAGCAUGCAGAUGGCGGUUUCUCGAGUAAUUAAGCUGCAGCAUCACAGAAUCGCCCAGUGUCGCACGGUGAAGAUUUCCAUCCUCGGGGAGGAGGGCGUACCUGUGCAGGUGGAUGGAGAGGCUUGGAUUCAGCCCCCAGGAUACAUUCGGAUUGUCCACAAGAACCGGGCACAGACACUGACCAGAGACAGGGCAUUUGAGAACACCCUGAAGUCCUGGGAAGAUAAGCAGAAGUGCGAGCUGCCCCGCCCGCCAUCCUGCUCCCUGCACCCCGAGAUGCUGUCCGAGGAGGAGGCCACCCAGAUGGACCAGUUUGGGCAGGCAGCAGGGGUCCUCAUUCACAGUAUCCGGGAAAUCGCUCAGUCCCACCGAGACAUGGAGCAGGAGCUUGCCCACGCUGUCAAUGCCAGCUCCAAGUCCAUGGACCGUGUGUAUGGCAAGCCCAGGACCAUGGAGGGGCUGAACUGCAGCUUUGUCCUGGAAAUGGUGAACAACUUCAGAGCCUUGCGGAGUGAGACGGAGCUACUGCUGGCUGGGAGGAUGGCCCUGCAGCUGGACCCCCCUCAGAAGGAGCGGCUCGGGAGCGCUCUUGCCGAGAUGGACCGACAGCUCAGGCGGCUGGCGGACACGCCCUGGCUCUGCCAGUUCCUGGAGCCUGGCGACGAAGAGAACAUGAUGUUGGAUCUUUCUAAACGCAGCCGCAGUGGCAAAUUCCGCCUUGUGACCAAGUUUAAAAAGGAGAAAAACAACAAGAACAAAGAAGCUCACAGCAGUCUGGGCGCCCCGGUUCACCUCUGGGGGACAGAGGAGGUUGCUGCCUGGCUGGAGCACCUCAGUCUCUGUGAGUAUAAGGACAUCUUCACACGGCACGACAUCCGGGGCUCUGAGCUCCUGCACCUGGAGCGGAGGGACCUCAAGGACCUGGGCGUGACCAAAGUGGGCCACAUGAAGAGGAUCCUGUGUGGCAUCAAGGAGCUGAGCCGCAGCACACCUGCCGCCGAGGCCUAGCCUCCGCCUUCUCGGCCUGCGUCCUCCGCGCCUCCCGCGACUGAGGCCCGGGGACGCUGCCACUGGCCGUCCCCUUCUCAUGGUGCUACUCCCUCUGUCAGCUACAGGAGGCCUCUGACACCCGUUCAUCACAGCUCUGGGGUCUCGAACAUACCAACACAGCUACCUUAGAAACAACACCGUCUCCAGCUCGGAGCCACUGGGGCCAACGCGUCACACACUCUCAGCUCACGCUGGCUGUGUUGUGGGCCACGGGGCGCUGGCACUGGCAGUCUGGCCUCUGGGGCGCUGGUGCCGCUGUAGAA